AUGGAUGCGAGCCGAAAGUGGGCGCGCGUCAGCUGCGGCGGCACGUUCACCGUCGCGCUCUCGGAAAGCGGCGAACUGUACUCGUUUGGAUACAACCAGUGCGGUGCGCUGGGUCACGGCCCCUGGGACGGGGCCGCUAGUGCUGCGAGACAAGCCGCUGCUCAUGCCGACACCGCUGCCUCUCAGCGGCAUCGUGCAGACAACGUGCACAUAGUGGACGUCGCGUGCGGCAACUACCACACGCUGCUGCUCACGAACGAUGGCAUCGUGUACGCCAUGGGAAGCAAUGGCAACGGCGAGUGCGGGCUGGGAGCGGCGAAGUUGCAUGCGCCGGCGUCGCAGUUUUGGCGGCUGAUCCAGCGGAUCCGCGACCGCUACUUUCCCGCGAAAGAGUUCGUGGUGCAGAAACAGAUCUUCGUGAACCGGCAGCCGCUGGAGACGAUGAGCGGCUUGUUCAGUUUCUUCACGGACUUCGAGUUGGUGGGCACGGGUAGCUUCGGCACGGUGUACGUGGUGCGCGAGUUGGUCUCGGGCAAGCUGCGCGUGUGCAAGUGCAUCUCGAAGGCGAAGGCGCUGGUCGCGGCCUCGCAAAUCGAGAUCGAGAUUAGCGCGAUGAAGGCGCUGAACCACCCGAACAUCUUGAAGAUCUUCGACGUGUUCGAAGACGCGAAGCACGUGUACCUGAUUCUCGAGCACUGCUCGGGCGGCGAGCUGUACAAGCGGAUCACGCAAUCGGGCAAACACGGCUGCGUGCUCGCGGAGGGCGAGGUGCGCGGGUUGAUGAAGCAGAUCUUCCAGGCGCUGGCUUACAUGCACUCGAAAAAAGUGCUGCACAAGGACCUCAAGCCCGAGAACAUUUUGUUCAACGACCGCACGACGCGCGAGCGCAUUUCGAUCAUCGACUUCGGGCUGUCGGAAAUCUUCGACAACGGGCAAGACUUCACGCGCAACGCGGCAGGAACCGUAACCUACAUGGCGCCGGAGGUUUUUGCGCGGAAGCUGUGCUUCAAGAGCGACAUGUGGAGCGCGGGCGUGUUGAUGUUUCUGCUGUUGACGGGCCACCUGCCGUACUCGGGCUCGACGGUGUUGGAGGUGCGGCGCAAAGUCACGCGGAUCGAGCCGGCGUACGAGCGGCGCUGUCAGCACGUGACGAAGGUCGCGGUGGACCUCCUGCGCAACUUGCUGAACCGCAACGUCGCGAAGCGGUUCUCGGCGGUCGAGGCGCUGCAGCACCCGUGGUUCAAGGUCAGCGACACAGAAAUAUUCGAAUAUCGUGUUUAA